AUGCGGAAUGGGUUGCGUGGGGAGGGGAGUGGAGAAAGGACCGCAAACAAAUGGCAUCAGACUAAUGUUGAUGGCAGAUGCUUGCUUGACAAUCCACUUAAUGAGCAAAACGCUUCGUCUACAUACAUUACAUCUGAUUAUGAUAACCACAAGUAUUACGUCACAAAGAUGAUAUUUCUUUGCAACCUGCAUUUAGUUAAUGAGUGCAACAAUCUGUGCGUACAGAUGUUGAAAGCCUCAACAGACCACACCGGAAGCAUCAUGGUGACGACAAAGAAGCGGCAGGACUUGCGCAUUCAGCUGCAGAAGCGAGCCAGGAGGAGGGCAGAAAAGAAAGUGGAGUACCUGGAAGAUGAUCGGAACUGGAAAGAGCACAGCAUAUUCACUAUACCUCGUUUAGUUCAGUCUAAGUGCAACAUCUUUUUAAUUUCUGAAAAAAUUAUUUUAAUUCAAAUCGUUUCUCCUGAUCGUAGUUUACUAAAAAAAAACAAGAGAAAAUAA